AUGCAAUAUAUUUAACAACUAGAUCUAUCUCGUUACAUUCCUGGUGGAGAAGCACUUAAAACACCUUGUAACUAGAAUAAGGCAGAUAAAGUUAAACUAUGGGAAUUAGCUAAAUUAAGAUGUGUAUCAUAUUGUUUUCAAUUUACAGGAAGGAUGACACGUGAAUAAAGAUUCAACAUUUUUUGUACAUUUUUCAGAUCUAAAUUAUAUGUACUUCAUUCUAAACUGGCAUCUGAUAUGCAUUAUCGUAAUUUCAUUAAAGAAAUGUUUGAUACUACUAUUUCAAUAGUUCUAUUGAUGGUCAGAUAUGAAUGUGGUGAUGAACUCUAUUAAGAAAUGAGAAGAUACUUCCGAAUUCUUAAGGAUGCUAUUGAUUAUCUUGUUACACAUUACAAUGUUGAAUAAGUCACAACAAUUAUUACUUCAGAAGACUUUCAUAAAAUUAUAUUCUAUCUCAAACUACUUAAUCUAAUGCGAAACAUAAAACAACGUAAGAAAUUCUUAGAACAUUACCCUCAUUCUGCUAUUAAAGCUAUAUAAUAAUGUUAUCUUUAUAAUGUUAUUAUUAAUGGUCCAGUCAAACAUAUAAAAUAUCGUUUUGCUGUUGCCAAUUAAGAUUAUAUAAAAUAUGGAUUACAAUUUAAUAUUGAAAGUAGUAAUAAAUUUGUUAACAAAUAAAGAGUAGCAGAAAUCUGUUGGUAAACCUUGUAUGAUCUCAAUAUUGCUACUACUAUCAAAGAAGGAAUAUGGGAUGAUUUAAAAUUGUAUUUAUGA